AUGGCCAAGUCGACCUAUUCCCAGGAGCCAACCGCCAUCAUCGGCUUCGCAUGCCGGCUGCCUGGUGGCAACACCACGCCGCGCAAGCUAUGGGAGUUCCUCGAGAGGGGAGGCAUCGCGUCGAACAAGGUGCCCAAGUCGCGGUUCAACAUUGACGGCCACUGGGACGGGUCCACCAAGCCGGGAACCAUGCGCCCGCUUGGGGGCAUGUUCCUCGAGGACAUCGAUCCCGCGGACUUCGACGCCUCGUUCUUCGAGAUCUCGCGUACUGAGGCAAUCUCCAUGGAUCCCAACCAGCGGCAGAUGCUCGAAGUAGUCUAUGAGGGACUUGAGAAUGCGGGCAUUACGCUCGAGAGUCUGGAUGGUGCUCCUGUGGCUUGCUUUGUAGGAUCAUAUGCGUCAGAUUAUGGUGACAUGCAGGGUAGGGACCCCGAAGACCGGCCAGCCAACAUCACAGUCGGUGCUGGCCGGGCUAUCUUGGCCAACAGGUUGAGUCAUUUCCUCAACAUCAAGGGACCAAGCAUGACCAUCGAUACGGCCUGCUCGGGCAGCCUGGUCGGUCUCGACGUUGCAAGCCGAUACCUCCAGACCCGGGAGAUCGACGCAGCCAUCAUCGCCACCAGCAAUCUGUACCUGAACCCAGAGCACGUCAUGGACACAGGAGCGGUUGGCAACGCGCACUCGCCCACGGGGCUGUGUCACACCUUCGACGUCUCGGCGGACGGCUACGUCAAGGCGGAGGCGGUGAGCUGCAUCAUUGUCAAGCGGCUGGCCGACGCGCUUCGCGACGGCGACCCGAUCCGUGCCAUCGUCCGGGGUUCCGCCACCAACAGCGAUGGGAGGACGCCGGGGAUCGCGAGUCCGAGCGCCGAGGCACAGGCUGUCGCUAUUCGGGCCGCAUACGCCAACGCGGGGAUUUCCGACUUCAACGAGACAGCGUACCUCGAAUGCCAUGGCACGGGGACCCAGGCUGGAGAUCCCACCGAGGUUGGCGGGGCGGGAUCUGUGUUCUCGAAGACGCGGCCUGCGGAUAAGCCACUGAUCAUCGGAUCGAUUAAAAGCAACGUCGGGCACGCCGAGCCAGCGGCCGGAAUAUCCGGACUGAUGAAGACUGCCAUGGCCAUUGAAAAGGGAAUCAUCCCGGGCAAUCCAACUUUUGAGAACCCAAGUCCGAAAAUCGACUUCUCCGGCCUCCGCAUCAAAGCAACCCGAACCGCCAUUCCCUGGCCCCCAAGCACCAUCAGACGAGCAAGCAUCAACUCCUUCGGCUACGGCGGCUCCAACGUGCACAUCGUCCUCGAGCAAGCCAUCUUCCCCAACAACCGACCCCGGCACACCUCCUCCUACGCACCCGACGACGACAACGACGCCGCCUUCACCCUCGACCACGAGCAAUCCCCCCGCCCCUCGGUGCUCGUCCUCUCGGCCAACAACGAGUCCUCCCUCCGCGCCAACAUCGCCGCCCUCUCCAGCCACCUCGUCAACCCGCGUGUCAGCGUCCGCCUCGCCGAUCUGGCCUACACGCUCUCGGAGCGGCGCACCCGCCUGUUCCACCGCGCCUUCGCGACGGCGCGGAGCACGGACCUGGACGAGGCGGCGUUUACCGUCGGGAAGAAGGGGCUCGAGGUCCCGAGGGUUGGGUUCGUGUUUACCGGGCAGGGGGCUCAGUGGCCGCGGAUGGGGAGGGAUAUUCUUGAGUUCUUCCCGUGGACGAGGUCGGUUCUCGAGGAGCUGGAUGGGUAUCUGCAGGGGUUGCCUGAGCCGCCUAGUUGGUCGUUGAUAGAUGAACUCACCGAGCCCCGCACCACGGAGCACCUCCGCCAGCCAGAGUUCUCCCAGCCGCUUGUUACGGCACUUCAGCUGUGCAUCAUUGCCGUCCUCGAGAGCUGGGGCGUCAAGCCCCGCAGCGUCGUCGGGCACUCGUCUGGAGAGAUAGCUGCUGCGUAUGCGGCGGGGCUGAUCAGCCGGGCCGAUGCCAUCGCGGCAGCAUUCUAUCGGGGUCGUGCGGCAGUCAACCAGAAGGAGAAGGGUGACGCAGACAGUGAUGUGGGCAUGUUGGCGGUUGGCUUGGGCACCGAGGCGGUCAAGCCGUUCUUAGAGAAGCACGAGGGAGGCGCGUGGAUUGCGUGCUUCAACAGCCCCAACAGUGUGACCAUUUCGGGGAAGCUCGUCGCGCUGGAGGCGUUGAGAGAUGAGAUCCAAGCCGCUGGUCACUUCGCUCGGUUGUUGCAGGUCGAUCUUGCCUACCACUCGAGGUUCAUGGAUUCCAUUGGCGAAGAAUACGAGCAGCUAUUGUCGGACUCGAAAUUCACCACUCUCGGGGGAUCGGCUGACGCCUCCAUGUUCUCAUCAGUCACCGGUUCGAAGAAGACCGACGCCGCCGACGCACUCUACUGGAAGACGAACAUGGUCUCGCCGGUGCGGUUCGACGAGGCCGUCACAGCCAUGCUCUCCGAGGAGGACGCGCCCAACUUCCUCAUCGAGAUCGGCCCGUCCGGCGCCCUGGCCGGCCCCGUGGCUCAGAUCAAGAAGAGCCUUCCAAAUCAAGCCGCUGACGUCGCAUACUGCGCGGCUUGGUCCCGCGGUGUCGACGCCGGGAAAUCUCUCUUCGACGCCGCCGGCCGGCUGUUCGUCGCGGGUGGUCCCGUCGACCUGGCAAAGGUCAACGAAUAUUCCGAUGCGGACGGCACACUCCCCAGCACCAUCAUCGACCUCCCCAACUACGUCUGGGACCACUCGAUCAAGUACUGGCACGAGAACGAGGCGAGCAAGGACUGGCGGUUCAAGAAGCACAUCACGCACGACCUCCUUGGCAGCAAGGUUUUGGGCACCUCAUGGAGGGCCCCGAGCUGGCGAAAGCAUCUCAGUCUCGGUGACGUGCCCUGGCUCCGCGACCACAAGAUGGGGCCGGACGUGCUGAUGCCCGGGUCGGGAUUCAUUGCCAUGGCCCUUGAGGCGCUGUACCAGAAGAAGCAGGCCGUUGAUCCCGAUCAGAAUGGCGCUGUCAAUUCCGCAAACGACCUCUCCUACCGGUUCAGGAACGUCCGGUUUGAUAAGGCGCUGGUGCUCGAGGAGGAAAAGGAGGCUGUCGUGUUGCUGUCUCUGGCCCGGCAGGUGGGGACCGCGGACUGGCACGAGUUCCGCAUCUCGUCGUCGAUCGGCAGUGAUAACACCGUCGUCGAACAUUGCUCCGGCCUGGUCCGUGUUCAACACCCGGUCGAGAAAACCUUGGCCGAGGAGGGCCCCCGCGCACAUUCACCCCUUGAACACCCCGUCUCGGCCCAGUUGUGGUACAAGUCCCAGGCCGAGGUCGGGUACGGGUUCGGACCCGCGUUCCAGAGGGUGCUCCAGGUCGAGUCGACCAGCGGCCAGCGGAACUGCCGCAGCUCCGUGUCCCUGGAGGAGCCGAAGUCGAAGUGGUCGCCCCAGUCGUACUACCCGAUCCACCCGGCAUCGCUCGACGGCUGCUUCCAGACCGUCACUCCGUCGCUCUGGGCCGGCGAGCGAAGCUCCAUGAACGCCGUUUUGGUGCCAUCCAUCAUCGACGACCUCGUCAUAAACAGGGUGCCGACCGGGCUCAGGGAGGGUCUCUCCGUCGCAAGCUCGGAGUACUCCGGCCGUGGCCGUCUUGAGGAGGGCAAGAGCUACUUCUCCAACUGCUCCGUGUACGACCCAUCAAGCGGCGCCCUCCUCGUUCAACUCUCCGGCCUCCGCUUUGCCAAGCUUGAUACGGGGUCGAAGCCCGACCCGCACACGUUCGACCGCGUUUCGUGGAAACCCGACAUCAGCUUCCUCCGCCAAGAAUACCUCGACUCGCUCCCAGCCGACACGCCAGCAGCCAAGAUCGACCUCGUCGUCGACCUGAUCGCGCACAAGAAGCCCGCCCUGAGAGUUCUGGAGAUCAACCUCGACGCCACCGAUACCUCCUCUCUCUGGUUCGAUGCCGGCGAUACCGCCUCCCGAGCCGCAUAUCUCGAGUACCACUUCGGCUCGCCCGAUGCGAGAGCCACCGUCGCCGCUCAGACGAAGCUCGAGGGCCGGAGGGACUCGUCAUUCCACGUGCUCAAUCCCGGCAAGGAGGCAUUCGGCCUGCCGGUGUCGGAGUCGGCGUUUGAUCUCGUCAUCGUGCAGGUCUCGGAGGUGGCGGAGCUGAGAGCGGACGGGUUGGUUGAAACGCUCACUCCGCUUCUAGUAAAUGGCAGCCGGGUGUUCUUUGUUCAGCGGAGGGAGACGACGCCGGGAGCAGAGUCUAGCAGUAGUGGAGACUCUACGCCCGACUCGCCGGGAACACCUGGCACGCUGGAGGCGCUCACCCAGGCGCUCGAACACCGGCCGGACACACCUGCUAGUUCGGUUAGCGAUGUGUCGGCAUCCGAGGAUCUUCAGAAGGUCACAGUUUCUGUUCAGGUGACCGAAGUUGAGAUCCGUGAAACUCAAGAUCUAACAUCGGACGUGGAGACAGCCGUUGAACGGUAUCUUUGGGAUCUGAGCACUCUCAAAAGCAUUGUCGCACCGCACGGUUUCGUGGAAAGUCUGGAGAUUAAUACUUCCGGCAACGACACCUCCGCGUACCUCUUCACAUUCGGAACCAAGCUGAAGAAGGACACCCGACCCCUCCGCGAUCUCCACGUCGUACGUCUAGCCAACCCGACCCCAGCCUUAGAUCCCAACCUUGGAGCCCUCCUACACACAUCCGGAUGGAACGUCACCGAGCAAACACACCCAUUCUCAAACCUAACACCUGGAAGCACCGUCUUAGUCCUCGACGAACUGUACACCCCAGUCCUAACCCAAAUCACCCCAGACCAAUGGGACUCCCUAAAGACCCUCCUCACCUCCAGAACCAACCUCCUCUGGGUAACCCAGGGUUCGCAGCACGAGGUAACAAACCCAGACACCGCGCUCGCGCACGGCCUCUUCCGCGUCGUCCGCAGAGAAGAUCCCAGCAUCAAGGUCACGACCCUCGACGUCGAGUCCAGCACCAACUCCACAACCACAGCCCGGGCAAUCGCCGAUGUCCUCGAUAAGCUGGCGACAAACGACCGACAUGAAGGCCCUGUUGAGACUGAAUUUGCCGAGCGGGGCGGCAUCGUAUACGUCCACCGGGUCGUGCCGGACGGGCCGGUCAACGGCUUCCGGAGGGACGAGAGGGAGGGUGCCGAGCCCGUUCUUAGGGAGUUGCACGGCGUCGAGGCGGCUGUUGCGCUGAGGGCGGAGAGGCUGGGAACUUUCCAGGGGUUGACGUGGUCUGAGACGGGGUUUUCGGAGGUGCCGGUCGAGGCGGAUAGGGUCGAGGUUGAGGUUUUCGCGGCGGGUGUCAACUUCAAGGACGUCGCCGUGACGAUGGGCAUUGUGCCCGAGAACGAGUACGCUCUGGGAUAUGAGGCAGCUGGCGUCGUCAAGCGGCUCGGCGAGGGAGUCACCAAGUUCAAGGUCGGCGACCGGGUCUGCUUCCUCAACAGCGGCAGUUAUGCGAAUCGCCUCCAGGUGCCUGUCGGGCGGGCACACGUCAUUCCAGACACGAUGAGUUUCGAGGAAGCAGCAACGAUUCCGUCGGUGUACCUCUGCUGCGUUUAUUCGCUGUUCGACAUCGCGAAUCUCAGAGAGGGCCAGUCCGUGCUCAUCCACUCUGCUUCGGGCGGCGUCGGUCUCUCGGCCAUCCAGUUGGCACAAUACAAGAAGGCGGAGAUCUACGUCACCGUCGGCACAGACGAGAAACGUAAAUUCCUCACCGACAACUACGGCAUCCCCCCGACCCGCAUCUUCUCCUCGCGCAACACCGACUUCGCCGAGAAGAUCCUCCGGGCAACGGACGGUCGCGGCGUUGACGUGAUCCUCAACUCCCUAACGGGGGAGAUGCUCGACGAGUCGUGGCGGAUCUGCGCCAACGGCGGCACCAUGGUCGAGAUCGGGAAGAAGGACAUCGUCGACCGCAACGUGCUGGCCAUGGAGCCGUUUGACCGGAAUUGCUCAUUCCGGGCCAUGGACUUUUCGUUCACGAGGGACAUCUCGGACCCUCUGAUUUCAAGGCUCCUCGACCAAAUCUUCAACCUCGUCAACGCCGGCCACAUCAAGCCAAUCCACCCCAUCACCACCUUCGGCUUCGACGACAUUACCUCCGCCCUGGCCUACAUCCGCAGCGGGCGCCACAUCGGCAAGGUUGUCAUCUCCGACGGCGCCAAGACCGACGUUCAAGUUCCCAUCCGGCCCGCUGUUCCCCAGCUCGCCCUCAGGCCCGAAGCCUCGUACCUCAUUGUUGGUGGCCUAAAAGGUCUUUGUGGGAGUCUGGCUGUGCAUAUGGCGAGGCAUGGAGCGAGAAGGAUUAUUGUGUGCUCGAGGAGCGGGGUCAACGAUGAGGCGUCCCAGAAGAGCGUGGAAGACUGUCGGGCGUAUGGAUGUGAGAUUGUCGAGGCGAAGGGGGACGUUGCCGAUGUGGAGUUCAUCCGGGGAGUGUUCAGAGAGGCAACACCCAAGGUGGCUGGUAUUAUUCAGGGCGCCAUGGUCCUCAGGGACAAACCUUACGAGACGAUGACAGUGGAAGACUUCCAUGCCGCUCUCUACGGUAAGAUCAGGGGUACAUGGGCCCUACACGAGGCGUCUCAGGAGCAGAACCAACCACUAGACUUCUUCACGCUACUGUCAAGCAUAUCAGGCGUCGUGGGCAACAAAGGUCAAGCCAACUACUCCGCGGGGAACACCUUCCUCGACUCCUUCGCCAAAUACCGACAGUCGCUCGGCCUCCAGGCCAACUCCGUCGACCUCGGGCUCAUCGAAGACGUGGGAUAUGCGGCCGCACAAGGCGGCAUGGACAGCCACUUCGACAAGCGGCAGUGGACACGGAUAAACGAAGGCACGCUGCGCAGCAUCCUGAGCUACUCGAUCCUGCAGCAGACAAGCGCACCCAUCAACGCAACCAGCAGCGCCCAGCUCAUCACCGGCAUUGGCUUCCCGCUCCCGGACGACUCCGACCUAGUCCGAGACGCCCGGUUCGCCUACCUCUUUGGCCAGGGGGCGUCAUCCGGGGCCGCAGGCCAGGAAGGCGGGGGCCGGCGUGGCGACGAGACGAUCCGGGCGUUUGUGCUGAUGCACCGGUCCGGGGCAGACAAGGCGGUUUUGGCUAAGGCAGCGGUGGAGCUGAUGGCAGCGCAGUUUACGAGGAUUCUCCGCCUGGAGACGGAGAUGGAGCCCGGACGGCCGCUGAUUGCUUACGGGUUGGAUUCGCUUGCGGCUGUUGAGCUGCGGAACUGGGUCCGGUCGGAGCUCGGGGCGGAGUUGACGACGCUUGAUAUUACGAACUCGAGCUCGCUGAUUGCCCUGUGUGCCAAGUUGGUUUCGAAGCUACCGAAUAUUGAGGCUGGUGGUUAAGUUUGUUGGGUGAAUAUGGAUUUGCCGUUCUAGCCAUCGGAUGAGGUUGAAGGUAAAAACAUGGGGCACAGGCAGAAGGGGGUGGGGAUGUGAUGGUCAGCCGGCAGAGGAUACCAUGACCAGGC